AUGUCUGAGACUGCUGCAGUUAAUUCAACGACUGCCAAGAAGCAGCCUCCUCAAAGCAGAUUAAAACAAUUGACGAGUGCGUCGACAUGGGUUUCUCCCUUUAGAAGCCAACCUGACGAAGAAAGUGGAGCCAAUUCCAAGAAAAAGGUCAAUUUGUAUAAACAAUUCAAGGAGGACAAUAAAGUAGAACAUAUCAAAGUUCCAGCCAAGUUUGCUCACCAUCCUACAUUAGAAGCUGAGGAAAAGAAGAAGAAACAGCAAGCAAAGUCAGCAAAGUCAGCAAAGUCAACAAAAAAGACAGAUGAAGCAAAGACCAAAAAAGCAACAGAUGAUAAGGCUAACUCAGAAGAGAAAAAGCUUGACGAUGAAGCCAAGGAGAAAUUGGUGACUGAUGAACAAUCUGAAGCUGCUGCCAAGGAAAAGAAGAUUGAGGAUGAAUCUAAGGAGAAGUUGGUUGAUGAUGAACCAUCCAAUGCUGUUGUAGAAGAGCAGAAGCUUGAAGGUGAAGCCGAUGAGAAAUUGAUCAUCGACGAACCAACUGAAGCUGAAACAGAAGAACAAAAGCUCGAAGAUGACUCUAAAGAGAAAUUAAUCACCGACGAACCAGCUGGUGCUGUCGCAGAAGAACGGAAGCUUGAACACGAGUCUAAAGAGAAGUUGGUCACAGACCAAGGAUUAGAAAGACAGCCAACCAAUGAGUCCAGGGAAACAUUGCUCAAGGAUGAAUACCCAGAAAGCGAACCUACUGGUGCUGCAGCAGAGGCAAAGGAAGCCUUUGAAGCGGCUGACGCAGAUAUAGAAGACGCUAAAAAAGUAAGCCAAGAGCAAGAGGACCUUGCCCAAGAGCAUUUAGAAGGCGAUGAUGAGAUAGAAGAAAACAUCAAAGAAAAUCCUGUUGAUAUUUCUUCUCCACCUCAAACAAAAUAUGAACCGGUUGAGAAACCAAACAAAGAAAUUUUGGAAAAAUUAAAGAAUAAACCAGUUUUGUUGAGACACUAUCAAGAAUUAAAUGCAACUGCUGUUGGGUCGCUUGCAAAUGAUUUAGAUGACCCCAAAAAAGUUAUCGAAUUGGGUUCUGGUUUGAGAUUGACUCAAGAACAAUUGUUGGACAUGGCAGCGAAAAGAGUGGCCCCAGUGAUUACCUCCAUCAAUGAUGAGGUCUCUAAGACGAGACAAGAGGAUGAAAUCAAGAGACAACAACUUUUGGAUCAAAAAGUGAAGAAGCACGAGGGUAAGUUGAAAUCUGAUUUUGACAAGUAUGCAGCAAAGGUAAACAAGAGAAAGGAAGUUAUCGAUCAGGAAAUUGAACGCAAAUUAACCAACAUUGCUAACUUGGUCAAAACAUCCGAUGAGAAUGCAAACAAGUUUGAAAAACAAACUAAGGAAGAGAUGGAGACUGCAGCUAAAGAGUACGAAGAACGUGAAACUAAGGCUGCUGAGAAACACGUUACUGAUAAGGAAACUCUCGAAAAGAAUCACGAGGAGCUACUCGCUACCAAAAAGCAAGAAUUGGAAGAUUCCAAAGCAGGACAAGAGAAGGCUACUCAAGAAAUUGAAGAUUUGAAGCAGAAAAAGAUUGACUUGACUGAAAAAAAUACUGAAUUGGAUACCGAAAUUGAGAGAUUGAAAAGCAAAUUGGAGGAGGAAAAGGCCAAAUUACAAGAGUUAACUUCUCAACAUGAAACUCAUCAGGAAGCAAUAGAAGUAAACCAAAACCAGAGCAAAGAGUUGAAUGAAAAGAUUGGUGGUUAUCAAAAAGAUAUUGAUGACAGAAAAACCACACACAAGGGUUUGGUUGCUGAAGUUGGAGCUUUGGGUGCCUUGUUGGGCGCUUUUGCUGCUAAGUUGAGUGAUGUCAACUCAGACAAAACUGGCAGAACUGAGAGACUCACGGAAGCAAAGAACAAGCACAUCUCUUGGCAAAGAGAAAAGGACCAAUUCGCAGAAGAAGCUGCAAGAGAGCAUGAACGUCAAAGAGCACAGGCAACCCAAGAAUACGAAACCAGAAAACACCAAGAGGAGUUGGAAAGAAAGAGACAGAAGGAAGAACAAGAGAGACUCGAAAAGGAGGAGCAAGAGAGGCAAGCCAAGUUAGAAGAAGAAGAAAGACAAAGGCAAGCACAAUUAGAGGCCGAAGAGAAAGAAAGACAAGCUAAGAUUGAGGAAGAAGAGAGACAAAAAAAGGUUGAAGAAGAAGCAAAGGCUAAGGAGCUAAAGGAGAAACAGGAAAAACAAGCAGCUAUCGCCGAAAAGCUUAAGCAGAAGGAAUCAAAGCAAAGAAACUUAGAAGAGGAAAGAAACAAGCAUGAUUCUCUUUAUCAAAAGGGUUCUUACACGGGUGACGAGUCCGAGUAUCACAACGCUCAAAAGCAGAGAUUAGGUGAUGAAAUCACAAACUUGCAAAAGAUCAAGGAAUUGAGAGAAGAAAGAUCGACGUACACCGGGGAGGAUUCAAAGUCUGAUGAUCUUGACAAAUUAAUCAAGGAGAGACAAAAGGCGAUCAAAAAGAUUGAAAACAAGCAAGCUCAACUUUCUUUAAAUGAGCGGGCAGUAGCUGAAGAACCAACAUCAAGUAAAAACUUGGUUGCUUCUGGCACUGGUGCUGCUGCCGGUACCGUAUUUGGACAAGAUUUGAUUGAUAAACAAUCGAAAUUGCCAAGUGCACAAGAAAAUCCAGGCGCCGACUAUGACUUGAAGAAGAAAGGUGCUAUUCAUGAUGCAGAUAAAUCAGUUCCUAAGUUUGAGGAUGAGAAUGAUAAGAAAAAGGAACCCAGGGAGAAGAAGUCAGGCUUAGGGUCCGCUGCUCUUGCUGGCGGUGCUGUUGGUGCGGGAACAGGUGCUGCAGUGGGUGCCGCAACCAAUUCAACUGAUAAGGCUGCACCAUUGAGAAAAGAAAGAUCAAAUAGUCUCACUGACAGAUUCAAGGGAUGGGGAAGAAGACUUUCAAGAGAUAAAACACCAACCGAAAAGACUAAAGAAGCUCCAGCUGAAAACUCUGCCUCUAAGGAUACCAAGGAGGACAAUGCUGUUGGUGAUGUUUCCAAAGAGACUAAGCCAAUUACUUCCAAGAAUGAAAACACCGUUGGUAGUGUAGGUGCUGCACCUAAAGGAAAUGACACAAUUGGUGGAAUCAACGCAAAUGAUAUUGAAAACAAAACUGGAUCAGCACGUGUAAUCCCUAAAGGCAAUCAAACGAUUGGUGGUGUGAAUGCAAAUGACUUUGAAUUAAAAGACACACACAAACCAGGCGCCGCUAUUACAGCUGGUGCUAAUGAGCCACAUAGAGAUGAUGCUUCAUGGGAAGUUCACUCGGUUUAUGAACUUGUAUCCGAUGGCGAAUUCGAAGCAAAUAAGAAUGAUCCCAAUUAUUUUGCAGUCAAUGAAGAGGACUAUAAGAAUCACAAAGAAAAGGAAAAAAGGGUCACUUUACUUGAUAAAAUCUUUAAGUAG